CGAGUGACCAAAAGCAAUCUGCUCCGGUCCAAUCAGUCUCAGUGCCUACCUUCACACAUAAGCGACAGGGGCACCCGGGUCCGCCACAGCGCACAGACCUGCACAUACACAUACACACCUACACACUUGUCACAUUCACGCACACACACCUUUCACACACUUCACACACCCUCCCUCUUCAAGGCACCCUGCGCGACCUCUCACCAUUGGCCAAGUCCCGGAGCCCUCAGCAUCUCCAUCACGGCUGAAGGGACCAUUCGGGAAAGCAGGAGACAGAGGUGGACUAUGAGGAUGUUUGUGCGGCUCGUGUUUGGACUCUUCGUCCUCAGAGCGGCAGUUGCCAGCCCGAGAUUUUCCCGACAAGUGGACUUGGACACGUACGACAGUGCUCACUAUGAUGUGGAUCUAGACAAUAUCAAUUUGGAGAAUCAGGAUACCUACGACUAUGAAGAUGGGCUGACAAUUGAUGAUCCUCAGAUAGAGAUUGGAACACUGGCCCCACCUGACUACAACUACCCUGAGAAAGAAGUGGAGGAGGAGGAGGAGGAAGAGGAAGAGGAGGAGUUGCCCCUAAAACCCCAGCUUGUCCCUCAGGGUUCAGGGGGAUCUGGGGUUCUCAUGGGCCCAGACACACAGAAAGAGGUGGAGCUGCGUCUGACGCCCAUUGAUAUUCUUCAUGUCUCCGGAGAUUUUGGGGGCUCUGUAGGGUCUGGGGCCUCGGGUGCUUCUGGGGCUUCUGGGGCUUCUGGGUCUGGAGGGUCAGGAGACAUACUGGUCUCCAGCGCCUCAGGGGGUUCUGGUGACAUUGUCUUCAUCUCCGGAGCCUCUGAGGAGCUCCACAGCUCUGGAGGAUCCGGAGAGUUCUUGUUAUCUGGGGAUCUUUUGAUAUCUGGGGAUCUCUCGGGAUCCGGAGAUACCAUGGGAUCUGCAGCUUCUGGAGCCUCCGGUGACUUUGCCUCUGGAGGCUCUGGAAUUUUGAUUGAACUGAGCUCUGGGGGAUCUGGGGACCAGUCUGGUUCUGGGUUCUCUGGAGAUCUUUUGAUCUCGGGGGCUUCUGGAAGUUCUGGGGCCUCUGGGGACUCUGAGUCCGGGGAGUCAGGGAUAAUAUUGUUGUCUGGAGAGGAGGAGCUGCCCCUCAUUCCCGACACAAUCCCCCACGAGGCAUCGGGUGCUUCUGGGGAGUUCUCAGGCGCUUCAGGGAUCUCAGGGGAUGUUGGAGCCUCUGGAGAUUCAGAGGUCUCCGGAGAAUCUGGGGCUUCUGGUGUCUCUGGCUCUGGAGACACCGAGGUCCCUGAUGUGACUCUGGUCCCUGACACUAAAGAGGAGGGGCUGCUUCCGACUACACCAGAAACCCCUCAGGAGGGUGCUGGCACUGUAGAAGGGUCAGUGAGCUCUGGAUUGCCAGAGCCUGAAGAGCCAGACGAGCCUGAUGAGCCUGUGAUUGACACACGAGGAAUGCCCACUUGCUUGUUGUGUACCUGCCUUGGUGGUUCGGUCUACUGUGAUGACUUGAAGCUGGAUAGUGUACCACCUCUACCCAAAGACACCACUCACUUCUACGCCCGCUACAACAGAAUCACCAAGAUCAACAAGUCCGACUUUGCCUCCAUGAACAAGCUGAAGAGGAUCGACUUAACCGCCAACGAGAUAAAGUCCAUUGAUGAAAAGGCAUUUUUGGGUCUGCCUAACCUGGAGGAACUGGUGAUCCGAGAAAAUCACGUCUCACAGCUGCCUGCUCUCCCAGAGACCAUGACUCUCAUUGAUGCCAGCCACAACAACAUCGGCACAAAGGGAAUUCAUUCAGAGGCGUUCAAAGAUAUGACUGCCCUGCUGUACCUGUACCUCACAGACAACCACAUCGACUACAUCCCAGUUCCUCUACCAGACAGCCUGCGAUCUCUACAUCUACAGCGUAACAAUAUUCAGAUGAUGCACGAGGACACGUUCUGCAACCUGAAAGACUUCAACUACAUCAGGAACGCGCUGGAGGACAUCCGUCUGGACGGCAACCCCAUCAACCUCAGCAGGACCCCACAGGCUUACGUCUGCCUGCCUCGUAUACCCAUCGGGGAUCUCAUUUAACCACACACACCCGAAGCUACACUCUUGCACACAAAUACAACCACAUGCACACACAUAUGUACAUAUUGACAAACAUGGGCGACACACACAGACACACACAACUUAUUCACUCCUGAAUCAAAACCAUCAGCUGCAAUAGUGUGCUACCAAUAAACUGUCAUACAUGCUGCUGAAUAUAAUACAGAUCAGUUAAACUGUGAGGAAAUUCGUUCCACAAUCACCCAAGAACACAUUAAUAAUGAGUCACAUUCCGAUGAUCAAGCACAUAUACACUAUUCCACUACACCUUCUUCCUGUUGUUCAGAUUUUUAUACCAGGAAAACACACACACACACUGAAACCUUCACUCUCUCAUCCAUUCCAAUGCAUAGACACACACAUCAACACACACACAAGAACUUUCUCAGAUGCCAAACUGUUCCGCAACUUGAUUUAAAGUAAAUAGGUGGAGAAAUCAAUUCAUUAAAAACCCUUGAAUGGCAUGUAUGUUUCUGCUUAGUGUUUUGUCAUGACUGGCAAACAAACAACCAGUAAUAUAUUGUUUAAAUAUGUUUGUUUUGUAAAAAAAUAAUAUUAAGAUUAAUGACGAAUCUAACACUUUUGGCAAUGUAUACUAGCAUAAACUUAUUGAAGAUGGAGCUUAAUGAAAGGUAAAUUGAGUAUCUAAUGCAAUAAAAGACGCAUUUAAACACAA